AUGAGGAUGAAGGACAAAGUGGUGACAGCUUGUAUUUUUAUGGAGGAUAUACCAAGAUCCUCUGGGCUUUAUCACAGUGACACGGUGUUUAAUCUGUCUUUGGAAAACUAUGUGCGCUGGGAGAUCGGGUUGGCCAUGAUGGAUAGCAUUUUGUUUAGUGUCCUCCUCUCCACCACUUCCUCGAAAGAGUCCAGCUCCACACUAACCACCAAACCAACUCUCCUGACCCUGACUUGUCCAAUCACGUGGCAUCUCUACGUUUCAGGCACACCACCACGUAGAAAACUUCUCAGACACACGACCACAGAGAUGGACAGAACAAAAGAGUCGUUAUAUUUGAAUGUGACAUCGACGAUGACUUUACCAGUCACAACCAAUGUUUCCCCAUCAUACCGUGAACCCUAUCUGCACAGACUGGCCCACCUGGAUGAGGGUCUCUAUAACGACUUCUAUAGCCUCUGGAUUGCCCUGGUGGUCAUUAAUGCCCUGAUAUUUAUAGUGGGGAUGGCUCUCAACAUCAUGGCCUUGUACGUCUUCUGUUUCUGUACAAAGCCCAAGACCACAUCAGUUAUUUAUACUAUUAAUCUAGCUAUCACUGAUCUUCUGGUGAACCUGUCACUUCCUACCCGUAUCAUACUGUACUAUAGUGGAGGCAGGUGCUUGAAUUGUUCUUACGUCCAUUUAUUUAGCUACUUUGUCAACAUGUACUGCAGCAUCCUCUUCCUCACCAGCAUUUGCGUGGACCGUUAUCUUGCCAUUGUACAGGUGGAGGCCUCUCACAAGUGGCGCAAUCACAACGUGGCUAAAAUAGUCUGUAUCUGCAUCUGGCUUUUUGCCAUCGUCGUCACUUACUCUUUCCUCACAACGGCCUUCAAACAUUCAGCCUGCUGCGUGUCCAAGCUCUUUGCACUGACAGUAUUCGAGUUCUUCCUACCCUUGGUGAUCAUUGUGGUGUUUACAGUAAAGAUUAUGUGCGCACUGUCCAGCUCAGACCUCAUGCAACAAAGCAGGGACAGACGGAUGAAGGCUGUGCAGCUACUCACUACAGUACUAGUGAUCUUUACUGUCUGCUUCACACCUUUCCAUGUUUGCCAAGUCCUCGUCUACUUCCAGCCUGACCUGCCACACCAUGUGAUCGUCUACCAUGUGACCGUCACACUCAGCAGCCUUAACAGCUGUCUGGAUCCUGUUGUGUACUGCUUUGUCACCACUAACUUCCAGUCUACCAUGAAGAGGAUUUUACAGAAGGCCAAGGAGGAGCAGACCAGUGGCGACAUCAUUAGCAUGCCCAAAAGUUCCAGAGGCUCAGGCACUGUUUUUGCUAUCACUAACAGCAUGAUUUUGAUUAAUAUGAAUUCUCCUAAAAACAUAGGUGAUGGAUGA